AUGCGGGGCGCGCGCGAGCGCGUGGUAACGACAUUCGUCAUCACCAUCGCGCUUGUCGCCAGCGCGAGCGCGCAGGCGACGAACAGAGCCGACGCGUUCGCCAUUGCAGGCGAGCGAAACGACACCGUGCUCCCGCUCCCGAAGUCGAUUCCCUCCGUGAAGUACGCGGAGAUGGAGAUGAAGCUCAUGUCGACCACGCGACCGCACGUACUAGGGGUGUUUCCGAGCGAGACGUCGUCGUACUGCGAGCGGUCGAGCGUUAAAGGGGACUGGAGGCGAUUCGCGCGAGUGCUCGAUUUCGCCGGAAAGGCGACGGAGGAGGGCGAGACGGAGCCGCCGACGGUGUGGGAGGCCACGCACGAGGGAAAGGAGGUGUCGAGAAUCGUCGAGGUGAAGUGCUCGCGGACGACGCGGCAGCUCGCGAAGCGACUGAGUUGCGGGUUCAUCGCGGUUGCGAAGAACAAUGACAUGGCGGUUUUCCCAGGUAACUCGAGCGACGGUUCGGCGCUCGCGGGAUGGUUGAGCGAUGAGCUGACAGGGUACGAUGAUAUAGAGGUACUGAAGACGAGGCACGAGGUGACGGAGUUCGUGGAGCGAAAUGAAACUGUCGUGCGCGCGAUUAUAUUGGAAGAGACGCCGUGGUUGAAGACGCUGUCGUUCUCAGGUAAAGUGGCCGUCGCGCGAGCGUCCUCGCUUGUGGGCUCCAAAUAUUUACACGGUCUAUCGUACUAUCGAACGGGAAUGGGUUGUUUGUUGUUCGUCCCGGACAUAGAGCGCAUGAACGACGAGGAUCGAUCAAAGCGAGUCGAUGUGCGGAUCAUUGAACGCAAGAACAAUACGUUGAAUUUCUAUGACGUCGCCGAGGCGAUAAUCAACGCCGAACUAGAAAUCGGAUACACAGCCAUGGUUGAGUCGGCAAUCGAUGUUGAUUGCGCGAACGCGGUGUGGACGCUAGCCUCAAAUUCGAUUCAUCCCGAGUAUGCGCUGGCGGAUGAAUCAGACGAGGAGUCAGAAUCAUACAAAGUUAUAGCGCCGCCAAAAGCGUGGGAUAUCAUUAAAGGCGACUUGCUUGACUUGUUGGAUGGGCACGGAAAGGGCGAUAAAACGUUGGUACCUAAGCAAUGGUUGUGCGGUCUUGCCGGUCUCACCGCAGCGCAUCGCGACGUUGCAAACGAAUUCGCUGAGGCCGCGACGGACUUGGCAGAACUUGAGACACUUCGAAAGGAAAACCUCGCGCUUCGACAACGGAACGCCGUGCUAGAACGCGAAGUAGCCAGGUGCGACUCGUCAAGAGGACCGAGGGCUCCCCGUGGUUCAGCUCGUUUGCCGAAGGCUAAACCAGCAGGGUGGGGAUUUGAGGACGCGAAUGAGCGGAGUCCGCCUAUCCCCAGAGUGGAACGUCCUGAGAGAGACGUUGUGGAAGAAAUAAUCGAUGAAGAAGAGCAGGCAAUGGAAGAAACGGCAACUGUCGACGAUUAUCGGGACGCUUCCAGCGUACCAGUGAGAGAUGAAUUGUAA